CAAAAAGGAGAAACGAAGACAUGUUUUUAUUUAGAUCUGGGUUUGGUUCGAUUUCGUUAACUGUUUUAUACAUAAAUAUCUUGAUAGUGUCAAGCAACGUCUUUGGAGAUAGAAAUGGCAAAGGUGAACUGAAAACAAAUAACAAGGAAACAACGUUCAUUUUACGGGCACAAAAAUACAGCAAUGACAAUUAUUAUAAUGAUACAGCUCGCCUGUACGGUCGCCAUCCCCGUAAAGCUGUAGCAGAACUACCAUUGACAAAGAACAUAAAUCGCAAGGUGGAUAAGUCACUUGUAGAGGAAUUUCAUAGUUUCAUAAAACCUUUAGGUGGUUCCGUCCAAUUUGAUUGUUCUACUCGUGCGACAAGGACCAUAUUUAGACAAUACGCGAGAGCAUCACGUCAGUGGGUCCACAAUAACAAUGCUCUCAACAUUGAGAAUGACCGCAUGCUUUACCAGAUGGGACUACUGGCUAUUCAAAACUUAAAAACAACUGACCAGGGUAUUUAUAUUUGUCGAAUAGAAUACGAACCCAUGCAGUUCAAAAGUGUUGCUCUGUUUACGCUCAUAGUGAAGUCGAAUGAACCUGAUGUACGCGUUCAGGAGACCAGUGUCUUGGCUCUACAGUCCUUCAGUGCUCCAUUGGGAUAUCUAUAUCCGUCAGCAACCCGAGCUUGGUGGGUCAAUGACAGAAUAUUUAGUUCAAAGAUACCAGCAAGCCAGACAAAUGAUGACAGGUUCUUCAACGCCAAUAAAAGUUUUGAAGGUAUUUGGACAUGUACUGUAUCUCAUAAAACAAAUGACAGACCAACACGGACGUGGAAAACAGCUCGGUACGUCGUGAAACUGACGCCCCCUCCCUCCAAACUGGAAAAACUUCUGACCUACUGCUCCACGCACCCCGUUACAACAGUGAUGUAUUUCCUGGUUUUCGCGGGCUUUCUCCUCGUCGUCUUCAUAGGCUGUGUCUACAGUGCCGACAAGGUCAAAAUGUCGGCACAAACAGAGAUGGACUCAAUGAAAGAACGGCUGCUUUCGUGUAAAGAUAAUAGCAAGGAUCUAGAUUAUAGUUACGAUGCAUCUCAACCUAAUCCUAAUAAUGACCGUUUUUCAAAAGAAAAUGGAGAAAUAUAUUACCAACAAGAAAAUUAUCAGGAAAUUUUACCGGCGUGAAAAUAAGCGGGAAUAUUAUCCGCGUGAAAAUGGUCAGGGAUAUUAGCCAAUAUGAAAAUGAAUAGGACCUUUCUUCAGAAAUUCGACAAUUAAAAAAAACCCAUUUCAUUCAUACAGAC